AUGGCCAGCUACAGCGCCCAGAAGCGCCUUAACCUGCGCGGUGCCGACGGCCAGGUCGAGGAUACCGUCGCCAAGGCCGAUGUCACUCUCGCCGACAUUGCCCGCGGCGUCAAGUCGCCCGGUGUCGCACGCAUAGAGGCGAUCGCGGCCAGCUUGACCAUGUUCGACCGCAUACUCAUCUUUACCAGCGCCUUCAUCCUCGCCUACGCCUACGGUCUCGACGGCGGCCUGCGCUUCAACUACCAGACGUACGCCACCAACUCGUUCGACAAGCACUCCCUGCUCUCUACCAUCAACGUCGUCCGUGCCGUCAUCGCCGCCGCGGCCCAGCCCACCGGCGGCAAGCUCGCCGAUAUCUUUGGCCGUGUCGAGCUGCUUAUCUUCUCCGUCAUCUGCUACACUGUCGGCACCAUCAUCGAGGCUGCCUCCGAGAACGUCGGCACGUUUUGCGCUGGCAGCGUCAUCUACCAGAUUGGCUACACCAUCGUCAUCCUCCUCGUCGAGGUCAUCGUCGCCGACAUCACCACCGCCCGCUCCCGUCUCUUCUUCAGCUACAUCCCCGCCUUGCCCUUCAUCAUCAACGCUUGGAUCAGCGGCGACAUCCAGGCCUCGGCUGCCAAACACAUCUCCUGGCACUGGGGCAUCGGCAUGUGGGCCAUCAUCUACCCCAUCUGCGCCCUGCCGCUCAUCCUCAGCCUGACCUGGGUCGGUAUCCGCGACAAGGUUAGGGAGCACGGUCUCUUCGGCUACCUCAAGCACUCCUUCCGCUCCCCUGUUGCCGAGACGUCUGGCGGCAACAUCUUUUCCCGCUUCAUCAAGUUCUCCAACGAGCUCUUCUGGGCGCUUGAUGGCAUCGGCAUCAUCCUCGUCAUCGCCGUCUUUGGCCUCAUCCUUGCGCCCCUCACGCUUGCUGGCGGCACUGCCGGUGGCACGCCUCCCAAAUGGGGCUCCGCUGGCAUCAUCGCCCCUCUCGUCAUCGGUGUCUGCUGCAUUCCCGUCUUCGUCUUCUGGGAGCUGCGCGCCCCUGUUCCGCUCGUCCCCUUCCGCUUCAUGAAGGAUCGCUCGGUCUGGGCCCCGUUUGGUAUUGCCAUCUUUCUCAACUUUGCCUGGACCAUGCAGGCCGAUUUCCUCUUCACCGUUCUCCAGGUCGGCUUUGACUUUAGCGUCAAGGCCACGUCCCGCAUCACCCUCCUCUACUCGUUUGUUAGUGUCAUUGUCGGUACCUGCGUUGGCGUUGUUGUCUUCAAGGUCCGCCGUCUCAAACCCUUCAUCAUCGCCGGUACUUGUCUGUUCAUGGUUGCCUUUGGUUUGCUGAUCCACUUCCGAGGAUCCGUCACCGCCGACAGCGCCGCCAGAGCCGGCGUCAUUGGUGCCCAGGUCGUCCUCGGCUUCGCGGGCGGUCUCUUCCCCUACACUACCCAGGCUUCCCUCCAGAUCCAGGUGCCCCACGAGAAGAUGGCUGUCCUCACGGGUAUCUUCCUGGCCAUGUACAACAUUGGCUCAGCGCUGGGAUACUCCGUUGCCGGCGCCAUGUGGACGCAGCUGCUGCCCGGGGAGCUCGAAAAGCGCUUCGCCCCCAUCAAUGCCACCAUGGCUCAGGAAGCCUACGGCUCGCCCCUCACCUUUAUUCUCAGCCACCCCAUCGGCACGCCCGAGCGAACGGCCCUCAUCAGCGGAUACCAGCACAUCCAGAGGCUGUUGACCAUUACUGGUAUCUCGCUGUGUGUGCCGCUCAUUAUCUUUUCCCUUCUCAUUCGCAACGUCUACCUUACCGACGAGCAGAGCUUGGUCAAGGACUCCGACGUGUCGUCCGACGAAGAGACCGGCCUGGAGCAGGUUACUGCAGCCGAAAAGAAGUAG